UGUUGUUGACGGACACCGAGAGAAGUAACGAAGACGGAAUAGGGACUAGGAAAGAUCGCACGUAAAUAAAAUAUUUGAAUUUGAAUAGUGGGUUCUGAACUGCACUGGAAACAGGACUGUCAACAGCGACUUGCUGUCGUGGCCCAGAAUGAGUCCUGCUCUUUGGAAGGCUGUGCAAAUGACAUCUCUCCACUGACCCAUCGUUAAGAGACGUACUGCAGCGGACGGCGCUCACAGCGCAGCAAUGGAGUCGGUGCUUGGGAGCUGCGAGGUCUCGGACCUCAAGCAGGAGUUUCCCGACGUGGAGCUGGUGCAGAUCAAGCAGGAGCUGCCCGACCCGGAGUUUGACGAGAUCAAGCAGGAGGAGUGGGAGGUGGAAUGUGUCCAGAUCAAAGAGGAGCUGUGUGAAGUGGAGUGUGUCCAUGCCGAUGCCACGCCGGAGCACCUCAAGGAGGAGCUGUCGGGGCUGGAGUCCCUGCGCCUCCCGCUCGCCCAGCCCAGGGGCUCGGAGUUCGGCUGCUUCCUUCCGCAGGAGAAUUACGAGGAAGGCCCCGACGCCGGCGAGCUGCCGCAGCACCUGCAGAGCCGGCACGUGGUCUACAAAGAGGUCUUCCACGCAGAGCCCUUCUUCGAGACGGGCCAGGGUGCGGCAGUGGCGGCGGCCCCGUCGUCCGCGGGGUCCGGGGGGGCCCCGGGGGUGGCGAGGGCACCCCAGCGGAAGCGGCCCCACCACUUCACCAUCCGCGCCGACGGCUUCACCCCCCACAUGAGCUUCACGCGGUACCAGCAGGUGGACCCGGACCACAAGCCCUACGCCUGCUCCGAGUGCGACAAGGCCUACAAGAGGAUGGACCACCUGAAGCGGCACCAGCAGAUGCACUCCGGGGAGAAGCCCUUCCACUGCGGCACCUGCGAGAAGCGGUUCUCCCUGCGGCGGAGCCUGGAGUACCACCAGCGGCAGUGCACCGGCGAGAGCUACUGCAAGUGCGCCGUGUGCGGCGACGUCUUCCAGAGCUUCAGCAACCUGCACCGGCACCAGCUCAUCCACGCCGGCGAGAAGACCUACCAGUGCAGCGUCUGCGGGCAGCAGUGCAAGCAGUCCAACUACUUCAAGAAGCACCAGAAGGUGCACACCGAGGACGAGCCGUACUACUGCUUCGAGUGCGAGCAGAAGUUCAUCCUGCACUGACGGCCGCUCCUGAGCGCCGCGUUCCCCGCGCGCCGCCGCAGAUCGGGGCGUCCCUGCUGCGCCGGCGGAGCCCCCCUGAGAGGUCAAGCACAAGCCCCCGUACUGCGAGGGCGGGUACCACCCAGACAGAGAUCACCACCUCCUGAGCAAUACAGUUUAUUUAUUGUUGACUCUCCGACAGGUUUUUGUGUGGCUUUGCUCGAUGGGAUGAAGAACAGCUCACCAGGCUCAGCGGCAGACUGCUUCAGUGUGGGGGAGAUGUGGGAGUUUCUGGCGUCCCAGCACCUGCUCCACCAGGGUGUGCCCUCUUCUGCACUGGACUGCCUUACACGAUGCACUGGCCAAGUCCUACCUGUCCAACAGGACAGGGGGUGUUUUUUUUUAAUGCAACAAUAAAAAUCUGAAGUUCGGAAUAAGAGCACACCCUUGACCCACUUCAAAGAACAUUACUUCAAGUGAUUAGUGACUAUUUAAUUAAAGUGGUCCAACCUCCUUGUGUCUGUGGCCAGCGAACUCAGGUGAGCUCUGGCUUUUCCCAGAUCAUGUGUUGAUUCAAAGCCCAGAUAAAAAAACAACAGCAGAUGUUCCAAGUUUUCCCGAUGAGCUCCAUGACUUCUGCUCAGACACAAGAUGGGCUGGCGGCUGGUAUAAGGCAAGACUGUAAUGUUUCCCCCCUUCUCUGGGCUUGUGAACCACUUCCUGAGCUGAUUGGAUGGGUCUCAAACUGGCUGGUAAAAACAGUAGCUUUUGCUCUGAACCUCUAGGUGGCACAACGGCACUGCAGUUCUUCCUCCCCCUGGAGUGUUCAAAAGGCAUGACCUGUAAGUAUAUAAGUAUCAAAGAGACCAGUAUCCUUUAGUCUAGAACAGAGGAAACUUUCUGAUUACUGGGUCCAGAAAGGUCUGUGAGAAAAAAAAAAAGAAAUAAAGGAUAUGAGGGACAACUGAGUGUAUUUCAAACUGAAGAAGGAGGAUCAUUUUUACAUGAAGUUUUGUGGGUAUUUGUAACAAAUUGCUCUACUAGUGUUUUUAAAGCUGAUUUUCUGCGAUCAUUCAAAAAGAGGCAUUUGUGUGAUCUUGAAUGUGUACUGAUGCACAAAAGAAACAACACUCAGGUCUGACAGAUUUAAAUAUUUUGAACUGCUAUGAAACAAAACAACAAAAGAUGUGAACAAAAACCCAGAUGAAAGAAUCAUGAUGCAUUUCCUCUGUGAAAGGUGUCACACUGUCAAACUGAGAGCUGGGAUCGGCUCUGACCCCUCUGAGCGGAGACACGGGGCUGGCAGUGCUGACUCUCAGUCCUGAUCAGCCUCUGGACAGACAGCUGUGGGACGUCCCGCCUCUCUUCCUGCUGGCCAGGGUCGCCGGCCGCAGGAUCAGUGUUCUCCAGAGGUCUUGCCAGUGUUAUCCUAGCGCUGCAGGACAUUGUGCUUUUCUUCUGGGAAAUUGAGACUUAAUAAUCAGCUUCAGGGAUGGGAAACUGUUGGCAGUGUAUUGCCAGGUAAGUGAUCAGUCAGCAGUGUGGACCCUCAGUCUGAACCAGCAGCUUUCUUAAGUUAACAAGGUUCUGUCUGAGCCACCAGACUUCCUCCACUCUGAAGCCGACUUGAAACACUGAGUCCCACAGACGGCAGUGACUUCCUCUCGCGGCUCUCAGCAUGUGAGCCUGAUCCCUGUGAGCAGGCGGGUCUUGUUCAGUCGGAGGGCUGGUGUGCAGGUGGGUUCUUCUUCUGCUGUAGCCCCUGCCAGCUGGUUAUUGUGCAGAUGGCUGUGAUGGCCCUGGGCCUUCCUGGCUGUGCCCUGUCCUUCACAGAGCCGAUCCCGGUUUUUCUUCUCCUUUGAUUGUUGGAGCGGGACAGCUCUUUCAGCGGGCAGUAUCCUGCAGAGCUGGGACAGCUCCACUCAUGCCGCCAUAAACCGAGUGAUCACCAUUACUGAGGUAGGGCACAGUCAUGUCUUCCGCUGUUUCUGUGUUCAGUAAAGUGCUCUUUUUGAGUAGACGUUUGAGACAGAUUCUUUACUCAUUUUGACAAUGAUAAUUCAGUUCAAAUUCUAAAUGUUCAACUCCUCGCGUUUUAAUGAAAUCGCUUCUUAUUUUACCCCAAGUAGUAGUACCACUCAAACUGUCAACAAACGUUCUCACGAUUUAAAAAGUAACGAACAUUUCUCUUGAUGAGAAGCGUGGACUGCUGUUUUUGUUGGGCAUCAGUAUGUAACUUACUAACAGGCAAGUGAGUGAGAGGGGCCGACUGGUCUUAUCUGUAACUUUCUCCGGCUCUGUUGAUUCAAACUUCCCUGGUUUUUGAGCGUCCAGUGAAAGUACACAGACGCAUUCAGCGCACUGUCUGUAUGCACCUGUCUGGUCAGCUUCCACACAUUGGGGAAAAAAACGUUUUUAUUAUUUUAUUUUGUUCUGAUUUGCCUUGAAAAUAUUUUUUAUGAUGGCAAAAUGAUUUUUGAACUGAAAAGCAGCGCCUACCCACUACAAAAUGAAGACAGUGUUAUUUCUUUAAUGCUGUAAAACCUGAUAAUGCCAUUGUGAUAAUUGUGAUCAAGCUGUGGUUGGGUCGUGAUGCAGUAUCCUUUUUAAAUAUUGGCCUCUGAAAUUAUAGUUAGAAAUGGAAAUAAAUGCCAUCUUUAACAUUUCUUGAAAAUUGUUUGAUGAUGGACUUUAACCUGAACUGCUCUGUUAAUUAACACUGAGAACAACCUUCUCACUCAAGAAUAAACUAAUUUAGAUUGCA